CUGGUUGUAGUGCGAAUCUUACGUGGGUACUACCAUUGAUUAUAAAUACUAGUAUUCUAGUAUUUAUAAUCAAUGGUACUACCUACGUUGUAGUUUUACGUAAACCGCGGGAACCGACCGGUAAAAUGUUUUGUCGAGACACGCGUCAGCACUGGGAAUUAUUGAUUUUCCACGACGCACGGGGCAUUAAAUAUUCUCCGUCCAUAGGUAUGGAAUAUUGUGAUGUAGAGGUACGUACUGAAAACAUUACGACAACUACAGUAUCGCAAAAAAUAUAACGUUUUCCGCAUAGCCUCUUUCGAAACCGGUCAGUAAAUCGGUUCUAAACAUCGCGGUUCUCUCGGCGACAGCUAGGUUCUAACCGCAGCUAACCGGUACCAUAAUUUCCGUUUUUCGCCAUCGCUCACACACCUGCGGCAAAAAGCUGCUCCAACAACAAACUGUACUGGCGACACCGAAGGGUCGAACCGCAAUUAUUGCCAUUGCACAACCACCGUUUCGUUCACAGUUUGGCUCCUUACAAUAUAACGAUAACGAAUAACAUAAUAUACAAGCAACGCGUAUUUAUAGGUGUAUAAGAGUAUCUUAGGUGGAGGGCGGAGUUUAGUUUAUCGAACCUAUAUACCUACUGCACUCGGCAUGGAGGCGGUGGACGUGGUGGCCGAAUCUGCCGAGACCGCGGCUCGCCGACCGCCGACCAUCGGGUUGGACUUCAACGAAGCGAUGGCCGACUUUAAGACGAUGUUUCCGACGUUGGAUGACGAAGUGAUCGAGGCGGUAUUGCGGUGCAACAAGGGCAGCGUGGACCGGACGGUCGACCAACUGUUGACGAUGAGCUGCGAGUGUCGGGCGGCCGACCUGCUCAACGGACCGACCGACGGCGAUGGUUUGCCCGUGCAGCACGCGUUCUUCGACCCGAUGUUGCCCGACGUGCUGCACAACCUCGGCAAGAAGGCCGCCCGACAAAUCGGCGGCUCUUCGUCGAGCCGUUGGAACCCGCCGAUGCUCGGGCCCCUGCCCGUCGACUUUCUCAGGCUCUCGACCGCCGGCAGUAUCACAUCACAAGUUUCGGAGAGCGAACUCAACGACGAGCAAAUAGCAAUCCUGUUGCAAAACGAAGAGUUCCUGGUGCAGCUGCGCAAAAACGAACAAUUCCUCUCCACGUUGGAUAAAGACAGUCCUAUUGAAGACCAAAAGUUCUUCGUCCCAAAUCAGACGCCGGGUGAUGACGAUGCUGCAUUUAAAGAAAGACUAAAAAAUAUGGGAAAAGCUUCAAGAAAGAAAUUUAUCCAAAUUGCACGAGUAUUUACCGGGAAAAAAAAGAAGAGCACGGCACGCAAUAUAAUGAAUCAAGGAGACACUCACACAAAAGACAGUUUAUUUCUACAUGAGGAAGAACACUGAAACAAAUAUUUUACGUAUUGUUUAUGUUUA